AUGUCGUCGAUUCAAACCACCAUCUCUCCGUACGAUCAGAGUGUCGUCUGCGAAAAGCAGCUCCUCACCGAAGCGCAGCUUGGCCAGGCCAUCGACGCAGCGGCGGCGGCUCAGAAGUCAUGGGCCAAGGUACCGGUCGACGAGCGUGUGGCGAUCAUCACCAGAUGGAUGCAUAUUCUCGACGAACAAAAGCAGGAGCUGGGCAAAGAGCUCUCGGCUCAGAUGGGCCGACCUGUUGCGCAGUGUGCAGGCGAGAUCAAGGGCGCACUUCAGCGAUGCCGAUACCUGUGCAAGGUGGCAAACGACUGCCUCGCCGACAAGCCUCAAACCGAGACCGAGACGCCCAACCUCAAGCUGGCAAUUCGACGAGACGCUUUCGGUGUAGUCGCCAUCGUUACCCCCUGGAAUUACCCCUACCUGACCACCGUCAACGGUCUGAUCACUGCUUUGCUCGCCGGAAACGCUGUGGUGCUCAAGCCAUCGCCGCAGACGCCGCUCACCGCUGAAAGCUUCCAACGCACCCUGAAAGCAGCUGGCUUGCCCGAUGGCUUGCUGCAGAUCGCGCACCUCGACGUUGAAACUACUGCAAAACUCGCCGCAGACGCACGCAUCGGCUUCCUCAUCUUCACUGGCUCGGUUGCCGGUGGUAAAGCGCUCGCCAAGGCAGCUGCCGACGGUCCCGGAUUCAAAGGCGUCGGUCUGGAACUCGGUGGCAAAGACCCAGCCUACGUUCGUGCUGAUGCCGACAUCAAGUGGGCAGCAGAAGAGCUGGUGGAUGGUGCCAUGUUCAACUCGGGCCAGUCGUGUUGUUCGGUAGAGCGCAUCUAUGUGCACCAAGCCGUGUUUGACCAGUUUGUCGAGCACUUUGUCACGCUCGCAAAGGGCUACAAGCUGGGCGACCCUAGCGAGACGAGCACUUCGCUCGGACCGGUGGUCAGUCUCGCAUCCGCGCAGCGCAUCCGCCAGCAGAUCGACGAUGCGCUCAGCAAGGGAGCCAAGAACUUGAUUCCUGACCAUCUUUUUACCGAGGCCAAAGCGGGCACUGCGCUGGUAGCACCCACAGUGCUGGUCAACGUUGACCACUCGAUGGACAUUAUGACCGAAGAGACCUUCGGACCCGCCAUCGGAAUUCAAAAAGUCGAAUCCGACGACGAAGCGCUCAGGCUGAUGAACGAUUCGCACUACGGCCUCACCGCUUCCAUCUGGACCGACAUUGAGAACGCUGACUCGGCAGCGGCAUUUGACAUGUUGGCUACUGAGCUCGAGACGGGCACCGUCUAUCUGAAUCGUGCCGAUGUGCUCGACCCCGCCCUGCCCUGGACUGGUGUCAAGGACAGCGGUCGUGGCGUCAGCCUGAGCACCUUGGGUUUCGACCAGCUCACCCAGCCCAAGUCGAUCCACAUGCGAUUGCGCAAGCCGUAG